AUGAGCCACGAUCAAGACAAGGAUGGAAAAGGGCGCCCUGAGGGCGAUGGCGCCGACCUGCCGAACCCCCCUCUCACUUCGUCCGAUUCUGAGGUGGUGGUUGUUGGAUGCCGCAAAUCGGAACUAGCUCUCAUCCAGGCCCGUUACGUCGUAUCCCAGCUCGAGAAAGCCCUGGCACCACCCCCUCCAUUCGAAAUUGCCACUCGCAGCGUCGUGGGCGAUGCUGACAAGCAGACGCCGUUCAUGCAGCUUUCCAAGCAGACGGGCGGGUCUGAUGUCGGCAAGAGCCUCUGGACGAACGGGCUGGAGGAGGAUUUGUUGUCUGGCAAGGCCCAUCUCCUCGUCCACAGUCUCAAGGACAUGCCGACGACACUGCCGCCUAACUGUCUGCUCGGGGCUAUCCCCGAGCGCGAAGAACCAACUGAUGCGGUGAUCAUGAGAACAGACUCCGAAUAUAAAACCAUCGACCAGUUGCCGCCUGGUUCCGUAGUUGGGUCAAGUUCGUCAAGAAGGAGAGCGCUGAUUAGACACAAUUGGCCUCAUUUGGAGGUCGCGGAGUGCCGUGGAAAUAACAUUGAGCUGACACGCUACGUUAGGGACACCCGCCUCGCUAAGCUUGAUGCUUUCAACUCCAAAUUUUCUUGCAUUCUGCUAGCAACAGCAGGAUUGGUACGAAUGGGCCUUGGUCACCGAAUCACACACAGGCUCGAUCCCAAAGCCUUCCCUUAUGCUGUCGGCCAAGGCGCGCUUGGUGUCGAGAUCAAGACGGGCUCUCAAGAUACCCUCCAGCUCGUUCAAGCAGUCGAUCACAAGAAAUCACGAUGGCUUGCCAUGGCCGAAAGGGCGAUGCUGCGAACCCUGCAGGGAGGCUGCUCGUCUCCAAUAGGCGUUCAUUCGGCGUUUGAAACUUCUCUGGGGGAUGAGGAACUUGCGGUGCAGGAUGAUGGAAGCCAACAGGGUGGUAAACUUCGACUGUCUGGCACAGUCCUCGAUGUGGAGGGAACAACGGGGGUUACUGCUGAAUUCUCGGCCCUCGUUCGCAGCGACGAGGAAGCGGAGGAUGUGGGAAUCAAACUUGCUGGCAUACUCCGUGAGAAAGGGGCGUCCAACUUGUUGUCUAAAGAGACUUCCUCGUAA